AUGCAUGUUUAGCAAUGCGAUGAGGCCAGUGCACUUUGCAAGACUUGCGCUGCAGAGAGUCUCCGCGGAUCCCACGACCUGUUGCUGACAAGCCGGGGAAAAGGAGAGGGAGAGGGGGAGAGACAGAGGGUAGGCUACUGCCUUGGAGACGACAGCCUGGGUUUCUUCGCGGAGGAAAUCAUGCAGUUUGCAAUCUGGCUGGUUGGACUAAUGUGUCAUCUGUCAGCGCUUGUCCGGGACACUUUGCAACACCGAUUGCAUCCGAAACAAGAUAGCUUCAUCAAGCAGCUGUCAUCGUAUGAAAUCAUCACCCCGCUCCGUGUGAAUGACUUCGGAGAAUCAUUCCCCCACAAAUUGCACUACAGAAGGAGACGGAGAAGUUUAAAUGAUGCCCUGUCGGGUUUACGGGUUCACUACAGGAUUGAUGCAUUCGGGGAACGCUUUCAUCUCAAUCUGACCGCAGACUCCAGCUUCAUCGCCCCCUCUUACAUUGUGACACACUUGGGAGCGGAACAGAGCAACGCCACGGACACCCACUACACCCAUGACUCGAGCGAUAUGCGCCACUGCUUUUUCCGCGGACAAGUCAACGCCAAGAGCGAGUACCCUGCCGUCUUCAGCCUGUGCACUGGCCUUAUUGGAACAUUUACGACACAACAUGGUGAAUACUUCUUGGAGCCUCUUUUAAAUGCUGCGGGGGAAGAAUAUGAUGAAGAACACAACAAACCUCAUCUUAUCUAUCGACAUGAGAGGACGAAGAACAUCUCGCAUACUAACAACAACACAUCGCCCUGUGCUGCCUCAGAGAACUCUACGAGGCCUGUUGCUUUUGAGAGCAGAGGGAGUCUGGGAGAGGAGCUGGACUCUCUCAGAGCCACCAUAGAUGAUCACCACAUUUAUGACAACAACUCCACCAGCACACACCCCAAAUCCCCUCGCAGACACAAGCGCUUCCUCUCCUACCCUCGAUAUGUUGAGCUGAUGGUGACGGCGGAUGCCAAGAUGGUGCGUCACCAUGGACGCAACCUCGAGCACUACAUCCUAACAAUCAUGUCAGUAGUAGCAGCAGUGUACAGGGACCCCAGCGUAGGAAACCUCAUCAACAUCAUGAUUGUCAGGCUAGUCGUCGUUCACAAUGAACAGGAAGGGCCAACAGUGAGUUUCAAUGCUGCCACGACGCUUCACAACUUCUGUGUCUGGCAGCAGGGCCAAAACAUCCAGGAUGACGGCCACCCCUCCCACCAUGACACAGCACUCCUCAUCACCAGAGAGGACAUCUGCCGUGCAAAAGAUAAAUGUGACACGUUAGGGCUCGCAGAGCUGGGGACCAUGUGUGACCCGUACCGGAGCUGCUCCAUCAGUGAGGAAAAUGGAAUUAGUGCCUCCUUCACCAUCGCUCAUGAGCUGGGCCAUGUGUUCAACAUGCCUCACGAUGACAACCCAAAGUGUCGGGAGGCGGGCAUGAAGCACCAGUAUCAUGUCAUGGCUCCCACUCUCAACUAUGACACCAACCCCUGGUCGUGGUCCAAGUGCAGCCGCAAGUACAUCACAGAGUUUCUAGAUACCGGCUAUGGAGAGUGUCUCCUUGAUGAACCUACAGGCAGGACAUAUGAGCUCCCCACCCUCCUCCCUGGUCAAAUCUACAAUGCCAACAGACAGUGUGAACUGAUGUUUGGACCCGGUUCCCAAAUUUGCCCUUACAUGAAACAGUGCAAGAGGCUGUGGUGUACCAGUGCAGAGGGGGAUCAUAAAGGAUGUCGCACACAGCACAUGCCACUGGCUGAUGGGACUGACUGUGGGCAUGGAAUGUACUGCAGACACGGGAUGUGUGUAAACAAGGAGUUGGACCUGCAGCCAGUCGAUGGGGAGUGGGGUCCCUGGGGGGCUUACAGUGCUUGUUCCAGGUCCUGUGGUGGAGGAACCCGGAGCACCGCCAGAGACUGCAACAAGCCUGAGCCCAGAAAUGGCGGGAAGUUCUGCGUGGGUCGCAGGAUGAAGUUCCGCUCUUGUAACACUGAGCCAUGUCCGCGAGGACGCAAAGAUUUCAGAGAAGAGCAGUGCUCCCAGUUUGACGGCAAGCACUUCAACAUCAACGGUCUACCUCCCACCGUCCGCUGGGUCCCCAAGUACAGUGGCAUACUAAUGAAGGAUCGCUGUAAGCUAUUCUGCCGGGUUGCUGGGACUAUGGCGUACUAUCAGCUGAAGGACCGCGUCAUCGACGGCACGCCGUGUGGGCCAGAUACUUAUGACAUCUGUGUUCAAGGCCUCUGCAGGCAAGCAGGCUGUGACCAUGUUCUCAACUCGAAGGCCAGGAACGACAAGUGCGGAGUGUGCGGCGGGGACAACUCGUCGUGUAAAACUCUGGCAGGCACCUUCAACGAUGCUCAGUAUGGUUACAACACAGUGGUGCGGAUCCCAGCCGGAGCCACCAACAUUGAUAUCAAACAGGUCAGCUACUCUGGAAAGCCAGAGGACGACAACUACCUCGCAUUAUCAGACAGCCAGUCGAACUCCCUCCUGAAUGGGAACUUUGUGGUGGCCAUGUUCAAAAGGGAAAUCACCUUCAAGGGAACCGUCAUUGACUACAGCGGCUCAGACACCAAAGUGGAGCGCAUCAACUGCACUGACCGCAUUGAAGACGAGCUCGUUCUGCAGGUCUUGUGUGUGGGGAACCUCUACAACCCAGACGUCCGUUACUCCUUCAACAUACCCAUCGAGGAGCACAGGGAGCAGUUUGUGUGGGAUCCCUCGGGCUCCUGGCUCGAGUGCAACCGCAUCUGUCAGGGUGAGCGAAGACGAAAGGCGGUAUGUGUGCGUAAGAGCGAUCACCUCGAGGUAUCGGACCAACGCUGUGAACAUUUACCUCGUCCUGUUGCUGCUGCUGAGCCUUGUAGCACUGACUGUGAAGUCAGGUGGCAUGUCGCUGGAAAGAGCGAAUGUUCUGCUAAAUGUGGCCCAGGCUACCGCAGCCUGGAUGUUCAGUGUAUGAAGUACAGCCUAGUAAAGAGACAGAGUGAGAGGAUGGAGGCCAGCGCGUGUGGAGACGCUGCCAAGCCUCAGACCAGAGAGUCCUGCCAUGGAGACUGUCUGCUUAAGAGCUGGCAGUACAGCGCCUGGUCACAGUGCUCUAAGACAUGUGGUCGUGGGAGCCGCAGCAGAGACUCUUACUGUAUGAACAACCUGGGCAGACGGCUGGCGGACAGGGAGUGCAACGAAUACCAGAGGGUGGUCACUGAAGCGUGCAGCGACCAGCCGUGUCCGAAGUGGACUGUUAGCGAGUGGAGUGAGUGCCUGGUGACUUGUGGGAAAGGGAUGAGGCACAGACAAGUGUCCUGCAGCAUGGGAGCCCAGGAAGAGAAGCUGAGCGAGCACUUCUGUGACCCAUCCAGCAAACCUCCUGCUGUGGGGAGCUGCGAACUGCCCGAGUGUGCGUCCUGGCAGGUCGGCGUCUGGGGAGCGUGUGCGGUGACCUGUGGCCAUGGCUACCAGAUGAGAGCUGUUAGGUGCGUGUCGGGGAACUAUGGUGACACAGUAGACGACAGAGAGUGCAACGCUGCGGCAAGGCCUAGAGACAGCCAGGACUGUGAGAUGCCGGUGUGUCCCUGGGCUUCUCCGGUGCAAAGCACACCUCGUCCUGACAACUCCGCUCAGCUGCUGACUCAGUGGAGAUACGGCUCCUGGACUGCGUGCUCGGUGUCCUGUGGCAAAGGGAAGCGGGCGCGAUAUGUCAGCUGCAGAGAUGCCCAGGGAGGAGUGGCAGACGAGUCACACUGCGCCCACCUGCCCCGGCCCCCGGAGUCCUCCGCCUGCUUCAGUCCCUGUGGCCAGUGGCGUGCUGGGGAGUGGUCUCCUUGUUCAGUGACUUGUGGUGCUGGAAGAACCACCAGGCAGGUGGUGUGCUCUAACUACCACCAGCCAGUGGACCAGUCUUUCUGCGACCCCGAUGAGAAGCCUGCGUCAGAGCAGGAUUGUACAGCUGCACCCUGCUCCUCCGUGUACCACCGUCAGCGCAUCAAUGACCAGCCCUACGGGUAUCCCCAGGACCCGGGACGUCAUCCUGGGCACAGCAGCUGGAAUGUGCCCUCCGCAGACAACCAGUGGAGGACCGGACCCUGGGGCGCAUGUUCCAGUACCUGUGCAGGAGGCUUCCAGAGGCGAGUGGUGGUCUGUCAGGACGCAGACGGACGCAGCAACAGCUACUGCGACGAGAGAGUCAAACCUGCCGAGUCGAAGAGCUGUGACUCUGGGCCCUGUCCUCUGUGGAACUACGGCGUCUGGGGAGAGUGCACCCAGACCUGCGGUGGAGGAAGGAGGACUCGCCUGGUGGUUUGUCAACGGCCCAACGGCCAAAGGCUCAACGACUACAACUGCGACAUCCUGGACAAGCCGCCCGACAUGGAGCAAUGCAACCUGCAGCCCUGCCCAGGCUCGGCCUCCUGGCACCGCCGACCAUGGAAGCCGUGUUCGGUGAGUUGCGGUCGGGGGACCAAGCAGCGGGAGAUAGCCUGUGUUUAUCAGAACCAAACCAAAAUAGAGGAGGAACACUGCAGUCAUCUCCCUCGGCCGCGAACGCAGAAGGCCUGUCGGGCGCGGGGAUGCCCCAGUUGGAAGGCCAACAGGUGGAGUGAGUGUUCUGUCACCUGUGGAGUGGGAAUUCAGAACCGAGAUGUUUACUGCAGGCUGAAGGGCAGUGGACGGGUCAGAGAGGACCUCUGUGAUGCUCGCCAGCGUCCUGCCAUUGCCAGGCCAUGCCAAAUUGCGGAAUGCACACAUUACACUUGGGCUGCUGGUGAAUGGGAGGAAUGUAAUGCAACCUGUGGAGAAGGCAUAAGAAGCAGGAAGGUAGGGUGCAUGAGCCCAGGGAUGACACCUGUCCAGGAGGAUUACUGUGAGCCAUCUUCCCAGCCACAGUCACAGCAGCCCUGCAAAGCAGCUCCCUGCCACUACAUGUGGAUUACAGGGGAAUGGUCCCAGUGCUCUGCCAGCUGCGGUGUGGGCUACCAGCAGCGUAUCGUCUCCUGCUCCGUGGUGCCCUCCUCUCAGGCUCUGCGCCCGUAUGCUGCUGCCCAGUCCUCCUCUGCCAGCACCCACUGCCCCGAGCCCCACCCUCCUGGCUCCCGGCCCUGCCUCCUCAGGGACUGCCCGCACACAACCUACUGGAAAGUUGGCCCAUGGAGCAAGUGCUCGCAGACCUGCGGGGCCGGAGUGAUGGAGCGCAGAGUGGAGUGCGUGACCUCCAAAGGCCAACCGUCCAAACACUGCCGUCCUUCAGAAAGACCUGAGUCUCAAGCUGCUUGUCAAGACAGAGAAUGCCAGUUGUUCACUUCCUGCCGAGAGGUUCAGAUGAGACUAGGUGUGAAGAUAGAUGGGGAAUACUAUCUCAAAGUCAAGUCCAGGAUCCUCCAGAUUUACUGUGCUGAGAUGCAGACUGAUUUCCCCAAGGAGUAUGUGACCUUGCGCAGCGGUCAGACAGACAACUACUCCGAGGUGUACGGUCACAGGUUGCUGAACCCCUUUGAAUGUCCGUAUAACGGCAGCCGAAGACAGGACUGCGACUGCAGGAACGACUACUCAGCAGCGGGAUACACACUCUUCCACAAAGUUCGUCUGGACCUGAGCUCCCUGAGGAUAAUGAUCACAGACCUCCAGUUUUCCCAGACUCUUCUUGGUCGACCUGUGCCAUUUGCUACAGCGGGAGAUUGUUAUAGUGCAGCCAAGUGUCCACAGGGCCAGUUUAGCAUAAAUCUAAUCGGCACUGGUCUCAAAGUGGCUGAGGCCACCAAGUGGACAUCACAGGGCAACUAUGUGUCCGUCAAAGUCCACAGAUCUGAGGACGGAACAAGAAUCUACGGCCGCUGUGGUGGUUUCUGUGGGAAGUGCAUUCCCCAGGCUCACAACGGCCUACUCCUUCAAGUCCACUGAGGGCCAUGCAGAGACCAAACCCCUAAAUCUAUCCUGGAGACAGUAGUCCAGGAACAUGCAAUGAUGGUGAUUUGUUGCACCCCUUCACCAUCUGUGAGUUUAAUGGAGGAGCAUUUAACAAUAAUCAUCCUACAAAACUUCCCCGGUUUCCACAUGGCAGCUAAGCAUACAAGACACUACGUUCUGUGCAGUUCUCGGGCCUCGUCAGGUCCUUCAUCCAAACUGUAAACUCUGAAGCAGAGCAAGCUAUAUUUGCAUGCCAACAGUGUUGCAACUGCUAUCAAACCCACCUGCGCUUUGGAACCUGAAAUGCUUUUUUUUCUGACACUGUUGUGCAUUUUUUUUAACAUCAUACAAAGGGAUAUAAAACUUCAAAACACUGGGAAAGCGACUACACAAAAAAUAGAAAACCUUAUACUUCAAGGAAGAGAUUCUCAUCUUUAGAAAACACUUAUAAUGGCUAUUCUGUGAAGUGAAGCAUAUUCUAUAAAAAAAAAGAAGCUAAAUACUUAUUCCAGAAUUUCAUCAUGAAGUACGUGGAACUAAUCUUGUUAUAUGGCACCUUCCCCGGUACAUAGAUAUUUAUUUUAAGAGUUACACUGUAAGGAGAAUUUAGUUACCACUUAUAUAACUGACCUGCAAUUGAUCAGAUAGUAUAGAACUCAUUACACUGUAUGUAUGUAUGUUAUAAUCAUUGCAAUCCUCUGGUGACAAAGAAGUGCUAUGGACAGACAUUGAAAUAGUGUGUGAGGGAUGGUUAUCAUUACAGUGUGACUGAUAUAAAAAAUAAUUAAUACAAAAACACUGUAUGUUUUUGAGACUACUUAAUGAGCUACACUGCAGAUCAUCUUGGCCUAACUCAAGUUUAAAAGAAUAUUUUGACAUUUUGGUAUUUACUCUUACUUACUUUUUUUGUUGAGAGUUGGUUGAGAGUUACAUGAGAAGAUUGAUACCACUCCCAUGUUUAGUAAAUGUAAAAACUAGAAAUGUAAAGCUACCACCAGCAACUUGUUAGCUUAGCGAGAUGGCAAAAAACAAAAACAAUAACACAAUAACUUCCUGGAGUCUCGACAUCACUUGUGAGGUUGUCAGAUUGAUAGAUUGAGUUUGAAGAUUGAUACCACUCCCAUGUUUAGUAAAUGUAAAAACUAGAAAUGUAAAGCUACCACCAGCAACUUGUUAGCUUAGCGAGAUGGCAAAAAACAAAAACAAUAACACAAUAACUUCCUGGAGUCUCGACAUCACUUGUGAAGUUGUCAGGAAAACAGCAGAGACUCCAUCUUUACCUUUGUCUUUGGACUGGAUCUAUUUACCCCACAAUCUGUAUAAAAAGACAACAUUACUGCUGCUGAAAAGUGAAGCCAAAACAUCUUGAUUGCCCCCUGGUGGCUGACUGCAGUAUAGGUCAUAAUUUGCAUUAAAAGCUGUUUGAUUUUCAGAUUAAUUUGGUUUAAAUUAGUUAUUUGAUGCUUUAAAAAAUGACUGACAGCUCACAUUGUGCUUCUAAUUGAGACCUCGAUAUUGUGGCUCCUUCACCUGUUCACUACUGAACAAACUCUGGCUCCAAAUGACAUCACUGGCACAAGAUGGCAGCAAUAUAUUGGCUUCAUUUUUGAAGAACUGGAAGAAGUUGAGACAUCUUUACAUAAAAUCUAGAGUUCAACAAUGUUCCCAGUAUUUUUACAGACAUGGAAUGGUAUCGAUCUCACUCAGGCAGGGAAAUUGUUUUUUACCAAAAUGUCAAACUAUUGGGCCUCAAGACUUAAAGAAAGAGUGAAGCUCGCAACUAACUACUGAUAUGACCUGCCUUAUUUCAGAGGUCAAACUUUAGGAGAGCGUGAGGAGCCUUAAAAACAACUACAGAUAGUUUUAGUUUGUCUGCUGUCAGGUAUGUUCACUGAUUUUUGUGAGGAAAAUAGUUGAAAUCUUUCAAUAUUUUCAGUACAGUAUAGUGGCUUUUCUAAAUCGACAAGGAUUCCAUUAUUUUUAGAUUCUUAUAAGUGUUUUUCUUUAAUUACGCCACACAGACAAGUUCUCAUCUGUAACACCGUGACACAGUAUCAGGUGUGAUGUCUCACUUCACACCCUCCAUCGGGCCUACUGUAGGUACCUGCAACCCCUACCUCUCACAAACAUCCAUACUCUACUGAGAUAUGUGUUGUAAUAUAUUUAUGUUUGACCAUAUUUAUUCUGUAUUGACUGUAGAUAUGUUCUGUGUUUUACGGUACAAUGACUACUACCAGCGGAGAAGCCAUUGUCUGAUGUUUUUGUCCUUUGUCUGCUUUGCUAUAAAAGGUAUUAGCCUACUACUAUAUGUAGUGUAUAACCACUAACCUAAAAUGAGGAUCUUUUGAAUGGUGCUUUUGAACUACUGGAAUUACCUCUGAUCUUGAGAAGGAAAACACUGGCUUAUGGCUCCUUGGCAGAUGUAGGAUCUGCCUAGAAUGCAUGUAAUGGUCCUCUCAUCUAGCUGCAAGGUUGCCAGAUAUAUCAGAUAAACCACUGCAUGAGGAAACCUGCCCAUGAGUAGUACUUAACUCAUCCUAAAUGACUUUCACCAUGACCACGUCUACAGCUAUCAAGCAACCUAACAUGCUGGUACUCUGAUGUUCAGCUUUAACCAAAGUUAGAAGAUAGAUGCAGAUUUUUUUUUUCUUCUCAGACAAUGCAGCUUCUUUUGAUUGAAAGAAUGGCUGAAAAAAUAAAAAUAAAAAAAUACGUCAAUGAGCAGCUAGAAAACCUUUGGCCGUCAUUUGUUUUUAUGAUGGGCAAUUGUUCUAUGAGGUCUGUAUCAGAAAUUUAAAGAAUACUUGAUGCACUAUGUGCCAUACAUUUUGUAGAAAUGUAAUCCUGUUUGUUUUUAUUUGUAAUAACCGUUAAGAUUUGUAACUUAUGAUAUAUGUGUAUUUUUAAUAUUCAUACUUGAAUUGUAAACAGUGUGCUAAAAUAUUGAAUGGGCAUUGCUACUGAAUAGAGAAACAGUGUGCUUGUUUGUCAUGCUUUA